GCAGUUACCAUCGAGCGAGAUUAUUUUUCUCGAGUUCAUCAUUUCAUCUCAUAUCGCCCUCCUUCUGAACCGCCAAAGCGCCGCACACGAUCCCUGCUAUCUCUUCCCGUCUCCGUCUUCCAUUCUGUCCUCUCUGAUCUCCGAGGAUCGUGCUGCUUCCGUCGCUCAUGGCGACACCGGAAAGCUCAGAGCCGGUUGAGUCAUCCAAGGAGAGUUCGAGAAUGGCAGGGACUGUGAACUUGGGCGCAGCCACAGUAAUGGGAGUUUUUGCUGGAUUGCUAUACGGAGGGAGCAAGGAGGCUACUGCUUCUGUCAGCAAAGAUGCAGAAGUGAUGUUGAAGCUAGGGAGCACACCAGAUAAGCGUGAACAGUACAGAUUAAUGAGAGAUGCGAUGGAGAAAAGGUUCAUCCGAGUGGCUCGUGGUUCAAUAGUUGGUGGUGUUCGCCUAGGAAUGUUCACAGCUAUAUUUUAUGGUUUACAAGAUGUUCUGGCUGAUACGCGAGGUGUACAUGAUGUGUUUAAUGUGGCUGGAGCAGGAUCUGCAACUGCUGCGAUGUUUGGCCUUAUAUUGCCAGGUUCUUUGAUGUGGCGAGCCAGGAAUGUGUUGCUUGGUUCUGCUCUUGGAGCAGGAAUAUGCUUCCCUCUCGGUUGGCUACAAUUGAAACUAAUGGAGAAAGCAAAUGAAGAGAUUUCAAAUUCGAAAUCCUUGUCUAAUCCUAAUGAGACUGAAGAAAGUAGUACUAGUAGCAGGGUUGGUGCAGCUAUAGAGAGGCUUGAGAUUAAAGCACGGAAGUAACACUGUUUAAUUUUUUUUUAUGCUUGGUUUCACCACUCAGCUUGCACUUGGAAAAAAUAAUGGAGAGGAGUAAAACAGACAUAAACCCUUCUGCCGGAUGGCUUAAUUGGUUGGUGAUAGUCUGCGUUCUUCCUAAGUAAGAGUGUACUUCGAACUUCAUGAGGAGUUCAUUCAGUGGCUUCUUAUCCUAAUUUAUGCAGUAAUGCUGAUGUUGUGCCAAAAUAUCUUUGCGAAUCCACAAUAAGUUUUUGU